GCGGCGCGGCGCGGGGCAGUGGCGGGAGCGCGAUGCGGCCGCGCGGCGGGAGCGGUCCCGGGCCCGUGUGGGCACAGCGCGUCCGGCAGCUGCAGCGCGGGCUGAGGCCCGGGAUAUUCCAGGACUCAGUGGGAAUUUGCCAGGCUGUCUGAUGUGGAGGUCAGACUGCGCUGCCUGGGGCUGGGCUAGAAAUCAGGCCUCAGAGCUGUGCCCGUCCUGCCCAGCCCGGCUGCUGGGCAGGACGGGUGCCAGCUAUUUCUGCGGACACCAACAACAAAAAGUAUAUAAUGAGACCAAAGAAGAAAGAAUAAUCGUCCUGGAAACUGAAAAUGCUGCUCUUCAUCUAAAACUUGCAGAGUAUCAAGGGUUGGCUGGAAGAAGCACUAAUGAAGUAUUGCAGCUCUACUCUGCUCAUGGGCAGCAGCAGAAAUUGCAGAGAAGUUUUGUUGUAACCCACCUACAUGAGGCAAUAAAGAGGCUUAAGCAAGACAUGAAGAGCCUCCGUUCAUUUGCUCUUGAGCUUUCAAAAGACUUUCAGCGUCAAUGCAAGGCUUAUCUUUACCAAGCUUUGACAGCAGUCCAAGAGAUACAGCUGCAAAACGAAGCAAUGCAAAUGUUUCAGAUAAAAGCUUUCGAUCUUGAGCAGUCCCUACAAGAGGUGACAGAGAGAUACGAAAAAGAAAAGCAAAAGAGGAGAGUUCUACAUAACAGCUUAGUUGAGCUGAGAGGAAAUAUCAGAGUCCAUUGCAGGAUACGGCCAUCUCUCCCUUUUGAUAAUGCUGAUGAACAUUCGGUAUCACAAGAUAGGCAAAGAAACUUCUCAGAAAAAGUGGCAUAUGCUCUUGAUGAUGAAACUGUUCUGGUAAAGUGUAGCCGUCCUGGUCAUACAUCAGUAAACAAGACUUUUCAGUUUGAAAGAGUUUACAGUGCUUUUGAAUCUCAAGACACAGUAUUUGCAGACGUGGCCCCUUUGCUAACAUCUCUCCUGGAUGGGUACAAUGUGUGUAUUAUGGCUUAUGGGCAGACUGGGAGUGGAAAGACAUACACGAUGUUGGGACCACAGUUAGAAGAGAACUUUGCAUUUGCCUUGGAAGAUGAAUCAGAACUUGGAAUUAUUCCUCGAGCUACCCAAGAAGUGUUCAGGCUUAUUUCAGAAAAGCCACCAGGAAGUUACUGGGUUGAGGUUUCUGUUGUAGAAGUGUAUAAUAACGAAAUUUUUGAUCUUCUGGCCAAAGACAGUUGUGGAAAAGUAUUUGGCGUCAAACGUGAUGUUGUCACAACCAGAGAAGGAAAGAGCAACGUUCCAUUGCUUACAUAUGAGACUGUUGAAAAUGCAUCUGAAUUUUUGCAUCUGGUUAUCAAAGGCCUACAGCUACGAGUCAGGCACCCUACGCUAGUGCAUGCUCAUUCCUCUCGUUCUCAUCUGGUUGUUACGCUGACCAUAACCACAGUUGUCUCUGGAGAUAGCUUUGGUACUUCAUGGGAAGAUGAACAAAUCAGUCAGAGACUAAAUAAAGAGUUUUCCUGCACCUAUCCACAAAAACCAAGAGAGAAUAGAUCCACCUCUUCUUCCAGAGCCUCUUCCCCAGCACAGCUUGAAGCAACUGAGAAACCAAAGCAAGUCAGAACCAGACUGCAGCUGGUGGAUCUGGCGGGCAGCGAGUGUGUCGGCAUGUCUGGAGUGACAGGGGCAGCACUGAGAGAGACGUCCUUCAUUAACCGCAGCCUGUCUGCCCUGGCCGACGUCCUCGGAGCGAUAGCAGAGCAAAGAUCUCACGUCCCCUACCGAAACAGCAAACUCACGCAUCUGCUCCAGGACUCUGUAGGAGGUGAUGCCAAACUGCUGGUGAUGCUGUGCAUCUCUCCCGACCAGAAGUACUUGACAGAAUCUCUGCAGUCUCUGGGAUUUGGAACUCGUGCUCGGCAAGUUCAGAGAGGACAGAUCAAGAAAAAAAAUCUCCCAGUGCAGAGUAAAGCAAAAUAAAACCUAAGACUCCCAUGGAUUAAAGUAUUAUUAAUGAGUUCCUCAGGCUGAAAUGUAUAUCGUUGUCCUAAAGCCAUUCUUUUAGAUAUCAACUGCCAGAUAAAAUAAGCAAUCCUCAACAUGGCAUUAGUAAGCCAUAAACCUGCUGAUAAUGUUCUAGCUCCAAAGAUAAUAACAAGAAUUGACAACAGCUACCAGCCAUGGUGGACUCUCAUAGAAAUAAAUCAGGCUUUCUUAGGAAAGCUACUUCAAGACA